AUGAGCUCGGCGAUUUCAAACGGAGCCUUUCCUGGUUCAGUAUUCUUGGUCGCUGAUAAAAAGAAUGGUGUCUUGUACUCGAAUAGUUUUGGAUAUUUUACCUAUGAUCAGAAUUCAACUCCAAUGAGUCUUCAAAGUAAAUUUGAUAUGGCCAGUGUUACCAAGGUCAUCUCUACCACCAGCGCCACUGCUCUCUUGUAUCAGAAGGGAUUAAUUGGAUUGAAGGAUAAAGUCACUAAAUAUUAUCCUGAUUUUGCCGUCAAUGGAAAGGGAGAGAUUACCAUUGAGAGUUUAUUGUUGCAUAACAGUGGAUUCCCUCCAGAUCCAGAUCCAUGGUAUAGCUCAACAGCAUUUGGAUGUCCAGCGACAAAAUUCUAUCAUCCACCUCAGGAGUUUACUUGUGCUUCCAAGAUUUACACUUCAUGGAUUAACCAAGUAUUGCAAAAUAAGCCUGGUCAGGUUUAUGUUUAUAGCGAUUUGUCAAUGAUUUCCAUGAUGUAUAUUAUUGGACAAGUGGUUGAAAAGAACAUGGCACUUUUAGGAAUGACUAAAGCUGAUUUGCGAGAGGAUUGUAUUCAGCAAAUUGGAUUGACAGCUCCAGGUUACGAAACAUGUUAUUAUGAAGCCUUUGUUAGAAAGCAUGUCUUUGGAACCUUGCAAAUGACAAGAAGUGGAUUUAUUCCAAAACCAGAAGAAAAGUCAACAAUUCCACCAACAUGGAUGGACAAUUCUUAUCAUCACGAGCUGAUUCAAGGAUUUGUUUCUGAUGAAAAUUGUUACGCACAGGGUGGUGUUGCUGGCCAUGCUGGUCUCUUUGCACCAAUUGUUGAUGUUUACCGUUUCAUGAACGAAUUAAUGUUCAGAACGAGAGGUGUUUUCCUCAACGAGACCACUUUCACCACAUUCACAACAGUCAAGAAUGUGACACAAAGUUCAAGAGCUUUGGGAUGGGACACCAAUGCUGAAGGAAAUGGAUCCUGUGGUUCUCUUUCUAAGAAAACCUUCUUGCACUUGGGCUUUACAGGUACUCAAGUGUGUGGCGAUCCGGACAGACAACUUUUCACCAUCUUCUUGACCAACAGAGUGUAUCCAGAUAAGGACAACAACAAAAUGUCUCCUGUAAGAAAUGCUGUCAAUUCUGAAGUACAAAAAGUCUACGACCAAUAUUAUUCUUCGUUGUAA